GUAUUUCUAACCUCUACGAUCCAUUUUAUCUUGGUUAUUCGUUGUAACUGGCCGGUUUUAUGUUUGAUGAGUUUGAUAUUGUACAAAUUAUCGCGAUAAGCAUAUAUCGUAUAGGUACAUAUGUAUACAUAUGUAUAACCAAAAAAUACAAGGAAUGUGGAAAUGAAACUUAUCGAUAGAUUAUUUAAUAUUAAUACGAUUAAUAUUUUGUAACACAUUUAAUUUAAUUUGAAGUGAUCAUAUAUCUAUUAAUUGUGUUUGAAAAGUGAAUUAAUUUGUUAAUAUUAAGGAAUCAAAAAGGGGUCUUACAAUGUCUGGCUCCAUAGAAAUUCCACUUCGUGAUACAGAUGAGGUGAUAGAACUUUGUUUGGAUCAAUUACCUGACGGCGAUGAAGUUCUUGGUAUUUUACGUCAAGAGCAUGCUCACCUCCACGUAUGGGUCAAUUUGGCCCUGGAAUAUUAUAAGCAACAAAAGAUCGAAGACUUUAUUAAAAUACUUGAAUCUUCGCGAAUUGAUGCAAAUAUUGAUUAUCGUGAUUUUGAAAAAGAUCAAAUGCGAGCAUUGGACAUGUUGGCAGCGUAUUAUGUACAGGAAGCGAAUAAAGAAAAAAAUAAAGACAAGAAAAGAGAUCUUUUUACUAAAGCAACAUUAUUGUAUACAACUGCUGAUAAAAUAAUCAUGUAUGAUCAGAAUCACCUCCUUGGUAGAGCUUAUUUCUGCCUUUUGGAAGGGGAUAAAAUGGAACAAGCAGAUGCACAGUUUAAUUUUGUGUUGAAUCAAUCGCCUAAUAAUAUUCCCUCUUUACUCGGUAAAGCUUGUAUCGCUUUCAAUAAAAAAGACUAUAGAGGUGCACUUGCGUUUUACAAGAAAGCUCUAAGAACUAAUCCUAAUUGUCCAGCUGCUGUAAGAUUAGGAAUGGGACAUUGUUUUAUGAAAUUAAAUAAUCAAGAAAAAGCGCGAUUAGCCUUUGAAAGAGCUUUACAGUUAGAUGGACAGUGUGUUGGAGCAUUAGUUGGACUUUCUGUUUUAAAAUUAAAUCAACAACAACCUGACAAUAUCCGGGCUGGUGUACAAAUGUUAUCUAAAGCUUAUACAAUUGAUUCAACAAAUCCUAUGGUGUUGAAUCAUUUAGCUAAUCACUUCUUCUUUAAAAAGGAUUAUAAUAAAGUACAACAUUUGGCAUUGCAUGCGUUUCACAAUACAGAAAAUGAAGCAAUGCGGGCGGAAAGUUGUUAUCAAUUAGCUAGGGCAUUCCAUGUACAAGGGGAUUAUGAUCAAGCCUUUCAAUAUUAUUAUCAAGCAACACAAUUUGCUCCAUCUGUUUUUGUGUUACCUCAUUUUGGUUUGGGCCAAAUGUACGUUUAUCGGGGUGAUGCAGAAAAUGCUGCACAAUGUUUCGAAAAAGUUUUGAAAGCUCAACCAGGAAAUUAUGAAACAAUGAAGAUUCUUGGGUCGCUUUAUGCUAACUCAAGUUCUCAAUCGAAACGUGAUAUCGCUAAAAAUCAUCUUAGAAAAGUAACGGAACAAUUUCCAGAUGACGUAGAAGCUUGGAUUGAAUUAGCUCAAAUUUUAGAACAAAGUGAUCUUAAUGCAGCUUUAAAUGCGUAUGGAACAGCAACAAGGAUUUUGAAAGAAAAAGUUCAGGCUGAUAUUCCUCCUGAAAUAUUAAAUAAUGUAGGUGCUUUACAUUACAGGUUAGGUAAUUUGGAAGAAGCUAAAAGAAAUUUAGAAGAAUCUUUAGAACGUUCGAAAGAUGAUGCUUUGCACGAUUCUGUCUAUUACAAUUCAAUAGCAGUUACAACUACCUACAAUUUGGCGCGUCUUAAUGAAGCUCUCUGCAUCUUUGAUCGUGCAGAAAAAUUAUACAAAGAUAUUUUAAAAGAACAUCCAAAUUAUGUAGAUUGUUAUUUAAGACUUGGAUGUAUGGCGAGAGAUAAGGGACAGAUAUACGAAGCAUCCGAUUGGUUUAAAGAUGCUUUGAGAAUUAAUAAUGAACAUCCAGAUGCAUGGUCACUUUUGGGUAAUUUGCAUUUGGCAAAAAUGGAAUGGGGUCCAGGGCAGAAGAAAUUUGAAAGAAUUCUUAAAAAUCCUACUACAAGUACAGAUGCCUAUUCUUUGAUAGCUUUAGGAAAUAUUUGGCUACAAACGCUUCAUCAGAGUGGAAAAGACAAAGAAAGGGAAAAAAGACAUCAGGAUAGAGCAUUAGCUAUGUACAAACAGGUGUUAAGAAAUGAUCCGAAAAAUAUUUGGGCAGCAAAUGGAAUCGGUGCAGUGCUAGCACAUAAAGGUUGCGUGAAUGAAGCUAGAGAUAUUUUUGCUCAAGUGAGAGAAGCAACAGCAGAAUUUUGUGAUGUAUGGUUAAACAUUGCUCACAUUUAUGUAGAGCAAAAGCAAUACGUUAGUGCUAUUCAAAUGUAUGAAAAUUGUUUACGUAAAUUUUAUAGGUAUAAUAACGUAGAAGUUCUACAGUACCUUGCUAGGGCAUAUCUUAGAGCUGGAAAACUUCAGGAAGCAAAAUUAACGCUUUUAAAGGCUCGCAGAGUAUCUCCACAAGAUACUGUUUUGUUAUACAAUAUUGCAUUAGUGUUACAACGUUUAGCAACACAAAUUUUGAAGGAUGAAAAGUCAACGCUUACUACUGUAUUACAAUCAGUACACGAAUUGGGUCUUUCUCACAAAUACUUCCAAUAUUUAUUUGCUCAUGGCGACAGAAUGGAACAAAUGGCAGAAACAGAAGCACGAAAGUGUCAAGAUUUGUUAUCUCAAGCGCAAUACCACGUUGCUAGAGCAAGAAGACUAGAUGAGGAAGAACAGACCCUUAGAAGGAAACAAGAAGAAGAAAGACAAGCUUUCAAAAUGCGUCAAACGGAAGAACAAAGAAAAUUGGAAGAAAUGCGCCGUCAAAAAGAAGAAGAAAUGUUACAAAAAAGACAAGAAUACGUUGAAAAAACGAAAAAUGUAUUGGUAUUUGGUGAGAUGCCUUCGGAGAAGCCUGGUAAAAAAGGUAAAAGGGCAAGAACUGAUCAAUAUAUUAGUGACAGUGGAGGUUCUGGUAAUGAUGAAGGUAGAGAAGAAGCUCCAAGAGAAAAGAAACGUAAAAGAAAAGCUAGCGGUGAGACUAAAGAAAAGAAAGGAAAGGGUAAAGGAAAACGAAAAAGAGAUAUGGCAAGCGGCGACAGUGGUUCAGAUAGUGAUCGUAGAAAACCAAAACGUAAUAGAAAAAUUGGUACAAAGAAGGAUAAGCAAUUCCGCAAAUCUACAGCUGACACUCCAAAAGGAAAGAUGCCUUUGUCGAAAGAAACAAUAUCAACCAGUGAAUCUGACAGCGAUAGUGGAGGUCUUAAAAUUGCCAGCGGUGCUGAAAGCGAUAAUGAUAAAAGAACAACAAAAUCCAGAAAAAUCGUAUCCGAUUCAGAAAAUUCACGUGCUUCACGUUCCAGAUCACGUUCUAGAUCGAAGUCAGGAAGUCGUGCAAGAAGUAGUUCACGUUCGCGUUCACGUUCACGUUCACGUUCACGUUCACGUUCACGCUCACGUUCGCAUUCACCAUCUCGAUCACGAUCACGAUCACAGUCAGGAUCACGUUCACCUUCACGAUCACAAUCUAGAUCUAAAUCGCGAUCGCCAUCUAGAUCUAAAUCACGAUCUCAUUCUAGAUCUAAGUCAAGGUCUAAAUCAAGAUCUAAAUCACGAUCUGUUUCUAGGUCUAAAUCGAGAUCUAAAUCGCGAUCUGUUUCUAGGUCUAAAUCACGAUCUAAAUCACGAUCUAAAUCACGAUCUGCUUCUAGAUCUAAAUCGAGAUCUAAAUCAAAAUCGCCUUCAAGAUCGAAAUCACGAUCUCCCUCUAGAUCUAAAUCACGAUCUAAAUCUCAUUCAAAAUCACGAUCCAAAUCACGAUCCAAAUCACGAUCCAAAUCACGUUCACGAUCGCAUUCAGUAUCGCGAUCUAGAUCUCGAUCUCUCUCAAAAUCCAAAUCUGGAUCACAAAGUGAAAGUGAGAAAGAAAAUCAAGGCAGUCAAAGAAUUGCAUCUGGCUCAGAAGGUUCUCGUGCAUCGUCACGCGCAGCAUCACGAUCAAAAUCACGAUCACGCUCGGUUUCUCGAUCACCGACGCAUUCACGUUCUGCCUCGCGAUCCUUAUCUCGAUCAAGAUCAAGAUCGAGAAGUAUUUCACAAUCAGGAAGUCCCGAUAAAUAGAUAUAUAUAUAUAUAUAUUUUCCAUACAAAAAUCAAUUUAAAAAAAUUUAUAAUAAUCCAG